GAAUUUUAUGAAGAAGUAAACGACGAUGAAUUUGAAAUAGUAUUUGUCUCACUGGAUCAUUCGGAGGAGGAUUUGAAUAACUAUCUAAAAGAAUCACAUGGCGACUGGUAUCACGUUCCGUUCGGUUCCAGUGAAAUCGAGAAAUUGAAAAAUAAGUACGAAGUUGCUGGAAUUCCUAUGCUUAUUGUGAUUAAAUCCGAUGGUAACGUUAUUACCAAGAAUGGCCGAGCAGAUGUUUCGGGCAAAGCACCACCACAAACACUUUCGAGCUGGUUAGCAGCUGCAUAA